AUGCACGACGCCAGUAUCAUAUUCUUCGCCGGCCUUUGCUCCUUUUUGGUCAUUUUACCACUUCCCCUUCAAUGGCGAGCUCGAAAUUCUGGUACUAUCCUACUGAUCACGUGGCUAUUUAUCGGUAAUAUACUGUCAUUCGUCAACGGACUCACUUGGUGGGAUAGUAUUGAGAAUGUGGCACCGGUUUGGUGUGAUAUAUCUACCAAACUCUCGGUCGGGCUCACGGUCGGCGUCGCAGCUUCGAGUCUUUGCAUCACACGUCGCUUAGUGAUGAUCGCCUCCUCUACCACGGUGACCUUCACCCAAAGGCAAAAACGAAUAGCCCUAUGCAUCGACAUCUUUUUGGGUAUCCUGCUACCCAUCAUAGUGAUGGCUCUCCACUAUACAGUUCAGCCACAUCGGUUUGAUAUCUAUGAAGGUUAUGGAUGUCAAGUAUCUACAUGGCCAAGUAUCCCUUCUAUCUUCGCGGUCAGUUGGUGGCCUGUGUUGUUAUCGCUCACUGCUGCCGUUUAUGGAGUCGUUGCCAUCAAGUUCUUUUUGUCCCGUCGACUUCAGUUUCAAACUCUUCUCAGAUCGUCUAAAAGCGGACUCAAUAAUCGGCACUAUGUGCGUCUCAUGGCACUGGCCAGUGUCGACAUACUUCUCGGACUUCCUUUGACCGUCUUUUCCCUGUCCCAAACGGUAAUCAAGCGUCAGCCGUAUGAGUCUUGGGCUAUAGUGCACUAUAACUGGUCUCGGGUCGACCAAUACCAUGCAUAUCAAGUCCUGAACACUGCUGGUAACACUGGGGCGAUAGUUUUGCCUAGAUGGCAUGCUCCCUUGCUAUCGAUCAUAUUCUUCCUUUUCUUCGGAGUCUCUAUUGAUUCCAUCAAUGAGUAUUGUCGCUGGAUCGACUGGUUCAAGUCCAAACUUCCCCCAUGGUUGGUGCAACCUAACAAACCGCUGCCAAUUUUCGUACCAAAGCUCGGAUCUACGGUGGCUCGCCCUAUUGCCGGAGACUGGAAAGAGCCUUCUACUCUUGAAGAAAGUAUCAUCGGUGAAACGCAGAGCGAUAAACAUAUGAGAGGAAGUCAAACUUCAGGUCUCGAAGGAGUGACUGUCGCUGUCCGCGUAGAGCGCGAGGUGGUGUAA